AUGUCAUCGUCUUGCCUUCUGAUGUUGUCGCCUCAUCCUCUAUCGAUCUCCUCAUCAAUCGAUGUGCAUGGUCCUGGUGCUGAUAUCGAUACACUCUGUGUUGGACCGAGGCAUGUGUCGCGGGAUGAAGAUUUCUUUGGUAAGCUUAAAAAAAUGCUCUCAGAUAUGCCUUAUGUCACAGAAUUGCAUCAUGUACCUGAGGCUCACGUUCCUAUGAUGAAAUUCAAGUUGAAUGGUGUAUCUAUAUAUCUUCUCUAUGCAAAACUUUCACUUUGGGUCAUACCUGAAGAUUCAAUACUGCAGAAUGCAGACGAACAGAUGGUUCGGAGUCUUAAUGGAUGCAGAGUUACCAACCAGAUCAUGCGCUAUAUCCAAAAUGUGAUAAUUUUUAGCCCUAGGUACAUGAGGUGCACCAUUAAUCAGAUUCCUUGCACUUCAGAUCUUUUAAACACAUCUGGCAUGCAAUUGGCUUUAUUGGUUCAGCCAUUAGCUCUUCCACAUCCAUCCGAGGAGCCUAUCCAAAUAGUGGAUUUUUUGUGA